ACACACACACUUCCCCAGGGGGGAUUGGAGGCUUUAAGCUGCUCUGCUCUCUCGCUUGUUCUCGGCUCCAAAUGCCGCUCUGAGGUCUCUUGCCAGGGUCAUAAUAAACACUUUUCGCUCCCUAAUGAACAGCCUGGGCGAUCAUAGCGGGGGCCGUCAGAAAGCUGGAGAAAAUAUCGACAAUAUUCAUUUGAAAAGAUGAUCCCCGCUUUGGAAAGCCGGAAGGAACAAACUAGAAGAAAGUCCUCUCUCCCUCCCUCCCUCUCCCUCUCUCUUUUUGAAGUGUUAAUUUAGUGCCUCCUUUCUUCUCUUCGGUAGCCGUUCUCUGAGAAAUGGGCUGCCAUUCUCACAAACCUUUAUGGCUUGGAUGGACUUAGGAGCAAUGUCUUCCCAAGAAGAAGGUUUGUUACCAGCUGGACACGAGACCAUGGAGGAAAAUUUCUCUACUGAAAAAAGAAUAGGCAGCAUAAAGCAGUGUGCUAAAAAUACUUCUAGACCCAAACAGCCUGACAAAUGCUCUGAACAUGUAAAUAAUUUUUCUCUUAGUGGGCCAACAUGGAUUCCAGUGGGACAGAAAGGGUCUGUAAGUAAGUCCACCUCUGUUUUACAAUCUAAGGUUAAAGCUCUUAAAGAGAAAAGGAACCUCAUAAACAAGCGAACUGAAGCAACAUCCCAGGAAGAGGCUUCUCUAAGGAAGCUUAAAGCAUGGAAAGGAAAGCCACCAACAGACCCUGUUCUUCAGAAUGCAGUAGUGGAGCCACAAGCUCAAAUCCGCACUUACUUAACAGAUGUGCUGCUGGACAGCACUGAGUAUCCACAUCAGAUUCAGGAGGAAUUUCAGGGAACAAGCCUUCCAGAUCCAUACAUCAAUGAUUUUGAAACACAAUCUAUGGCAACAGGAGAGCCCACAGGCAUGAGUCCACCAAAGGAAUUCAGGAGGCUCCCAGGAAGAAACAUAUCAGAUAAAAAGAGUUCUUUAGGAAGCUCAACAAAAAAGGUACCCUUAAAUGCCAUCUCUGGAACUGGCUCUUUAAAGGACCUUUCCUUUAUCCCAACAUCUUUUGAAGAAACAAAUGGUAGAGAAGACCAUCUAAUUCGGCCUAAGGAGUUUGACAGCAAUUCUGUGAAAAAGAAUGACAGCUCUGAGGUGGCAUCAAUUGGGAGGAUUUGGAGAACGGAGAGCUGGGACAGUCUUGGCAGUAGCAGCAGCAAUGUCAGUACUUUGUCUUUAGCAGAGAGAGUGGAAAGAAACCGGACUAAGUUGCAGGAGAUGCUGAGCACAUCACAGUUGAACAGUAGUUAUUUGCAGGAACCUCAUACUUUGGAUACUUACCAGAAGGAAACCCAAGACCUUGGGCCUAAUGAUGAGAUUGUGCCGAAUGAUGGAGCCUGGGAUUCUAAUGUCUCCUUACAGGAUUCUGAAGGCUAUCGGGUCUUUGUUCCUAACCAAAAGCUGGAGCUGAGCCCCAGGCAUGAACAGGCCAAGCAGCUGCUACAGAGAGCUCGUAUGAAGGCCAGGACAAACCCACUCCGAGCUAGCCAUAACAUCCUGCUUACUGCCUCCCCAGACAAAAGGGGUACCUGUAGAUCCCCUGUUGCAGACACAAAAGACUUCGUUUUGAAAGAUGGAAACAUCCAUAGUAGUGGAAACCAGAGUGAUUCAUCUAGUGGUGACUCCAGCUAUGGGCAGCAGAGGAAGCAAGGGCCAUCUUCUUCUCGGGUGCGUUUUGAGGAUGAAUCUGCAAGGGACGCUGAAGUUCGCUAUUUGGAACGCCUGCAGCAACGUCAGAAACGGCCCUUAGACUCAGUUCUGUUAUCUCUUGGACAGGGCCCACUGCUCUCCAAACCAGAUCUUGCUGGCUAUAUAAAUGGUGACCUUCAGCGUAAAGACAAUAGCAUCAACAAAUCUAGUUGGGAACAUCAAAGCAUAGGACAGGGAGCCAAAAUGCAUACUCCCCAGAGCAAUGGAGGAUGCUCUGAAAAAGGUACGCCUCCUCAAGUCAAUAAAGAAAGCAAGUGUAGUGCCUGUGGGUCUUAUAUCAACAAUUCAGCAGACACUAGAGUCAAUCAAACUGGGAAUGGCAAACAUGAAAUUGCCAAUGUCCUUCCUGGAGGCAGUGAUACUCUUCACACGAAUGGAAACAAAGAGUUUGGUACUUCCCAGGGGAACUCACGGGCAAAGCCUCUAGGUCCCAAAAGGACUCCAUUGUGGAUUCUUCCUUCUCGGCAGCGUGUUUUUUCAGAAUGCAUCAGGGAGACAUAUAUUGGCGAAGUUAAUAGCGCUGAAGAUGUGGACUCAGCUUUAGGCAGCACCACUGACACAUCAGACAGCUACAGGACAGACAGUGAAGAAGCUGGCAUCAACAGCCUGCAAUUUGCAAUCAAAAAUUGUCAUGGUGUCCCUAGACCAUUGUGUUCUUCAGAGAAGAAGGCCAACACUGUUACCAGGGACGGGCAAUGGGGAAAUGGCAGCUGCAAAACUAGUAAAGACAUUAUCUGGGGUAACAUUCCUAACGUAAGCAGAUUGGAAAUUGGGUCAGGUACUGACGAAGCACAAAUUGGUAGCUUGCAGGGGGGCUCUGAGGUAAAAGAUCAGGAGACUCAGGCAGCCAUUCCAAGAAGCAAACAGCUAAUGAAUCUCUGUCAAAUGGAGAAGGAAGACAAAGACAAACCACAAACAAAAGAUGGUAUAAAAGUUCCUAUGAACAGGCCAGUCAAUCAUUUAUGCCAAACCAAGCAGGAUACAAAGCAGGUGGCCACUACCAACAAUUUAAUGAAUCUAAUACCAGCACCUCCUGCUACUGGAAAAGUUCACCCCUCCCCAAUGUCUUAUAGGAGAGCUGUUUUAACAGGCAGCCACAAAUUGAUCAAACAGGAUUCUGGGCAUAUAAAUAAAACCAAUGAACUAUCAGUUUCAGCUGCCUAUUCUGAUUUCCAGGAUGUGGGUGUAUCUGGGCUAGAGGAGCAUAAUGGCCAGCAGAAUCCAGGGACAUUCUCCAAACAUUUGGCUUUGUCCUCCAAUAAUCACAAUAAUAUAUCAACCAGGCCAGAGCCCAAAACCAUAAUAAUGGGCAGAGAUGAGCAACUUCAGGAGAAUGAGAAGAUGGGAAAAAAUCAAGUAGGUCCAUCAUCCUCAACAUGUGGUGUUCCCCCUGUUGCUCCCAAUGUCAUCAGUUCCACUGCUAUUAACCUCUCCCUGACAACUGAAGAGCCCAACUUCACAAUCUCCACUCAGUCAAUCAUCAGAGAAGUUCCAGUUGCAGAUAUGCAGAAGACAAAACCCGGGCAAGCAAAUAUUAUUCAAUGCAAACACUUAGAAGUCUACCCGCAGCCAAAGAAACAGCAAUCCACCAAGAAAGAAGUCUCUUCUACAUCAGGUUUUAAAAAAUUCUUCAACACUUUGAGUCAGAGCACCAAACAAAGAUUGGGCAGAUUCCGAUGUUAUAGCAUGGAACAGAUUUCUAUGCUAGAAUCAGGAACUGCCAAGCCCAACAUGGAAACUGGCCCAGAUACCAUUUGUUCUCCAAAAAUGAAGAAAGUACCUUCCUUACAAUCUCUGCAGAGGGUGUCACCUUUCUGCCAACCAAGAAAAGCCUCUUCUGUUCAAAAUCUGCAUUCCUUUUUGGGCAAGAAUAAUCGGUCCAAUGUUUACCUGGUGGGGGAACCUAAGGAUGAGGAAGCUACUUCUAACAGGAAAACCAGGACUCAGCAUAGAAGAUCCCUCAGUGUGGAGGACAUUGGGUCCCCUAACUUGGCGAGAACCGUUGGGCGGGUGGUAGCAGUUUUUCCAGAUGGAACUACUCAAUUAGAAUUGCAGCGGUUCCAACAAGGCAACUUUGGGUUUCGUGUUUCUUCAGGGAAUGGUCGUCCUGAUACAGGUAUCUACGUCCAGGAGAUGGCAGACACCAGUACAGCUAAACUCUAUGCUGGACUCCUAGAAGUUGGGGAUGAGAUACUUGAAGUAAACGGUGCCAAGGUUGCUGGGCUGGGCCUAGCCCGGAUCAACGAACUGCUCUUGUGGGCAGAGACACUCUCCCUUAGAGUGCUGAAGCAGAGACCUGUUCGGCAGUAGCAGAAGAGGAGAUCCUUGUGGGGGAAGCUUGAACGAGCAACUUUGCCUUGUGAACAGGGCAAAGCAGUUCUGGUACUUAUUAAGCCUACCUGAGACUUGGAGUUCACAUCCUUGUCUCAGUGCUUUUAUGACUUGGAUGUGGAUGGAGGCACAAACCAACCCCAUGGGUUAUUCUGUAAUGGAACCUGAUAUCUAUUGAAUAUUUAAUUUAUGCAAAGAUUAGUCAUGCAAUGUGGACUCUGUCUAUCACCAAGGAAUAGGAAUUAGUUAUCUGGCACCUCCCUGUACAAAGAAUAGGGGGAGAGGGGGAAGGCAGCAUCAGGUAACAAUUUGUGAAUAAAGACUUAUCUUUUGACCACCAACAUACCCACAAACUCUUUAUCUAAAAAUUGGAAGAUGCUGGGUCAUCUUUAAUUUGUAUUAAAGUACCCAUAACAAGUUGGGUUUGUUCAUAAAAACUUUUUUAAAACAUUCAAGCUAAUACUUUUUCUGUUGACUGAAUUGGAGAGCUGCUAAUGAAUUAAGUGAUCCCUAUUGUGGAAAUCUUAUCUCUCCCCCUCCACACCCUUUUAUUUAUAAAGAAAGAUUCAAUGAUUUGGGAAUCUUUAAAGAAGUUAGAUCUCUUUACCAGAAAAUCUACAGUUCCUUUACAAACCUUAAGAGUCUUUACAGGCAUCCACAAAAAUAUCCAUUCUGGAUCAGUUUAUGUGCUACUAUAUAUAUGGCCAAACUCACUCAUGCCACAGUAUCAGUAGACAUUUCUGUCUAAUUGUUCUAUUUUAGAUGUUUUAUGUUUGCAGUGAAAGCUAUUUGACUUUGCAGUUUUUGCUCCUUCAGCAAGCCAGAGCUGAGAAUUCCUGAUGUUUGCAGAUUCCAAUAGCUUCUUCAAAAUACUGAACUUAAUUUUUGAAGAAAGUUUUCUCAGUUUCUACCAGAGAAAUUCUCCACCUUGCAAAUUUACAAGUCAGUCUGAACUUCAUAUUCUUAUAUUUCUCAUGUUCAGCUCUUUUCAAAACUUGCUUCUCAUGAAGUGGUAAUCCUAGGCCUGGAACGUACUAUUCUAGAAUGCACAUGAAGUUCACAACAUGAAAUGAUCUUUGUUUUGAUUGUUUGUAGGAAGUUAAUCAAUUUCUAGUUGCAAUCUGAAAUGGUAGAGUUAACAGCCAGGUUUGUCACCACUGAUCAUCUUUUGUGUCUGUCUUAGAGCCAUCUUCUAGUCUCUAUAGCCGCAAAGACCAGAUUAUUUCAUGAGCUUUGUACCCAGAAUAUGAUUGUGACAGGAGAGGCUUCUCUUUUCGAUGACUAUCUGUAUUCAGCCCUAACCUACAACCAUGGGCUGCUUUUGACAACACUGGAAAGCCUCUCUACCUUGUUUCACUGUAUUUCUCUGAUUAAAUUAUUUAUUAAAAGCA